UGGUUGCCGAGAGGCGGGGCGACUCGACCGCUGGAGAAGUAGCUGAAGCUGUGAGGGGAGCCAUGAGUCAGGCGGCCAAGGUUUUACAGCUCUUUAAAACACUGCACAGGACCAGACAACAAGUCUUUAAAAAUGAUGCUAGGGCAUUAGAAGCAGCCAGAAUAAAGAUAAAUGAAGAAUUCAAAUGUAAGAAAAGUGAAACUUCUCCUAAGAAGAUAGAAGAGCUAAUAAAGAUAGGUACUGAUGUUGAGUUGAUACUCAGAACAUCUGUUCUACAAGGUAUUCACACAGACCACAAUACGCUGAAAUUGGUCCCUAGGAAAGACCUUCUUAUAGAAAAUGUGCCGUAUUGUGAUGCACCAACUCAGAAGCAAUGAAUUUUUCUCAAAUAAAAUUAAGUCUUUAUCAUUUUUAAUUUUAAAGUAUAUAACUCUGGCUAAACUCCUGGAAAUGCAAAUAUUUUUCUCUGAAAUGGCAUAUUGAAAUUGAGUGCAUUAAAGUAUAGUUUCAUAAUGAAGUUUCAUGUUGAAAGAACAUUGCUGAAAACUGCAGAACAUAGUUAAGUAUUUCUAAAGAACAUUAGGUAAGAAGACAUUUCAUUUUCACUGAAAAUCAAACUGUAUAAAGUGAAAUAAAUGCUUAGGGAGGUAUAUCAUAUUCACUUCUGUUUGACCUUAAUGAGUAUUUUGGUUUUAUCAUAGCUAUUUGAGAAUGAAGUGUUUUGACAGGUUGGUGGGUUUUCUUCCCAUGUGAAAUGAAACUAUUAGAUUAAAAUUAUUAGAUUAAGUUAAUGUUUAGUCCCGAAAAGAAUUGGUCUAAAAAUCACAGUGUGUGCCAACUUUCCACAGAAGGCAGCCUUUGUUCCUAAAGCACUGAAAUUAUUCCUGUAGCUAACAAAUAAUUAUACAGCUUCCUUUUAGAGAUAGAGUGUAUCUCUGUUCCUAAAAGAACAUUUUUAAUCAGUCUUCUGAAGAUAGAUGAAUAAAAUGUCAAAAUCACAUAAGAUAACUGUGGAAUAAAGAAAUUCUAAUUUUUUAAGGAAAUAGUGUCCCUUGAUCCAACUAUAUAAUAUAGGCUUAGUAGAAUUAGCUGUACUUAGACCACAGCUAGACCUUAUUGUGAAAAUGUAAUAUAUGGCUGCAUCCUCUACAUUUUAAUCAAUAAGAUAUAAAUGGCUUUUUUUUUUCUCCAACAUUUUUCAUCCCUGACAAGAUUGACAGUAUCACAGAACAGCUUGGCAUUCUACCAUCUAAUGGUAGGAACUAUAAAACUGUGUUUAAUAUUCUUCUUGUUUCUCUUUUAUCUAUGCGUCUUUACCAUUCUGUUUUCUCAGUGAGCAGUGUGUUCUCUUCUAUUCACUGGUCAGUUCUCCCAUUUGAUGAUGACACAGGGUUUUUAAUUUUUUACAAGAUUCUCAAUGCGAGCUUUGUUUGUUGGCAAACAUUUUGGUAUUGCUAUGCUCGAUAUAAAAUGUCAUGUUUUAAAAUAAUUUAAUUUUAGUAGAUAAAAAAAUUAUCAAAAUUGCCUAGACAUACUACACUUAACAGUAAACCAGAGACUACCCUUAAUGCCUCCUAAUACUUUGGAGAUUAGUAGUCUGUGAAAUGGAUUAUAUAGGUCAAAAGAUUUGCUACAUAAUUUUUUUAUCUCUCACGCCUCUUUCUUAUUGUGUGUAUGGAAAUUAUACCUACAUAAACGUUGUUUCAGAUUUGAAAUUUGCCCUUAUAAGAAAAUGCUAAAGGUCAUCAUGACACAAUCACUGGUAAAUUCUCUGACUUACUAUUAUUUCAGUAAGUGUCUAUAUUAUGUCUUUUGAGGAA